GCGUUCGUUCACUUACCAAGUACAGAACUAAACUGGACAGAUAAGUUCGAAAUGAAAUUCGAGUGAGUGUGUUGUACGAAAAUUCCCAAACAGGUAGCGAGCGGUGUGUAUCUUUGGCGAGUGUAUGUUUAUGUGCGCACCUAUGUAUGUGAAUGCGUCGAAUGCGGCUAUGUGUGUGUUCAUUCAAAGCGCGCCUCACACAAUGGAAUCGACGAUCGAAAGCAUAGACAGAUAGAUAGAGCGAGAGAGAGAGAAAUGUACGAAGAGACAACAAGGGAACUGAGACAGCGUCAAUCGUGUUGCUUCGAACUCUCUGCGUAAGCUGCUUUAGCAUACAAUAACUUACCUUUAUGGUAGGGCAUUGAAUUCUCAUGCGAUCUACAUUCAAUCUAUAUAUGCGUUUGCAUCGCAUAUUCACAUGCGGAACCAUUGAAAUUUUUCGACACGAGAGAUUCUGUACGUGUUUUUUCUUCUGCUUUUUCUUUGCCAUCAUUACCAUUUGUGUUGGUGUCAAAAAAUACACCGAAGUGAAGAAAAAAACACACAAAGCGAAAAAAAAACACUUGUCGUUUAUGAAUCGAAGAAAAUGUUUUUUCCACCUAGCAAAGUUCAGUUGUGCAAAUUUCGAAAUUAACUCGAUUCGCUGGCAUGGUUCUUGAACUUCAUGACGACGGUUGUAAAUGUGACCUUUGGCGAGUCGGUUUUCCACUGAAAUCCGAGCGAACACACAACAGAAUAAUACCGAUAAAACGAGUUUUCCAAUUGCAUGAUAUGUGCCGUAAGUACGUGUAUGUACUGGCUCGAACCGCUAUUAUGGUCUCGUCGCAUCACCGUCGAAGCCGUAAAAAUGUGUGUGGAUGGCUGUGUGUAUAGCUAGCUGCGAUGUGUGCGCUGUGUUAUGAUAUUUAAAUUAGUUUACAUUAAAAACGACAAAAUUUGACCAUGCGCCAGUUUUUAACACAGCAGCGAUGCACACACAAACCCAUUCUUCUGCUGCCAUUUAAAUAUGCACCUGUGCCGCAAGAUCAUCACCGCAUUCUCCAAUCCAAACACACCUAUACCUCAGCAUACACACACAUACGAACACUGUUGCGCUCGCCGAAUGCAACACUGAUUUCGAUCGAUUUCGGAAUUGUAUACAUUAACCGGGAGCUUUGCGUGCAAGAAGAUGAAUCUAUUCUAGUUUAUCUGUUUCACACAUCUCGUUUGGUCUCAAUUGAAUUUACUGCGUUGCAUGCUGUCCAUCGGAAUAAAACAACAACAGCCAGCCGUUUGCUCGCUCGCUCGCUCACUCGCCUGCUCGAAUUAAAAAAUUAAUUCAAGUCGAAAUUGCAACAUCGGCUCGGUUCUUUGUACUACGUCUGCAAUCGCACAUCCAAAUUACACUGUGUAAGCAAUCAUCAUCAGUUGCUGUUGCUGCUGCUGCUUGGCAAAUGAAUGCACAUGCGAAUGAUAUUGUUGUAGGAAAUGAAUCGUCGCUUGAUUGGAAGUCGUCUUUCGUCAGCAUGAGAGACUUUUGCUUCAAAGUCUUUGUUUUUUUGUAGCUUUUUUCUCUCGUGCUGACUUAAAAUGAUAUAAUUUCCAAAGUAUAAUAACCGUUUGCAGCCUCACAUAUCUAUCAAAAAUUAUGAUUACAAAAUGAUACAAAAUUACGUGAUGUGAGGGCUUUCAACACCAAUGUCGUCUCUAGUUUAUUAUGUGAUUUCCUACCUUUUCCUUCUCCUCUACCUUUUUUCCGUCUGGCAAACAAAUCGUUUAGAUAUAUGCUAAUUUGACUUCACAUUUUGUUAUAAUUCUCUUUCUCAUUAGCUGUGCGCAUAAAUAUGAAUUGAGAUUGAAACGUGAAGUUUAAAUCGGUGGAAAAAGUCGAGCUUGAGAAAGACAUUCACAAAUGCGAGCUGUAGCAAACGACGACGGUUUUCCUCUUUUCAACUGAACAAAAAAAAAAAACAAACAAACCAACAAUCAAAUAAACACAAUCGAAAUGAGGGGAAUUAUAGCAUUUAAUGCGAUUAAGCUGAGCCGUAUCAAACACACUAUCGACCACUUAUUCAACGAACCAACACAUUUCAAGUGGCAAAUUCGAUGAUUAUUUCGACUGAAACAAAUGACUUGCAAACACCUACUUUCUAAGUUGCGACGAAUUUUUGAAAUUUAAGUUUGAUUAGAUAAAAGUGAUGAUUGAUGAAUGAAUCUAAAUAUGCGUAAAAAAUUGAAUCGUUGAAUCAAAAUCUGUAGGUAUAAACUAGAGUAUAAAUGAUCGAGAAAUCAAAAGUUCAAACUAAUAACACGUGAUUGAAUACCGAAUAAACGUGAUUUUAUUCAUCAAAUCGGUUGACGGCUCCUGUAAAUUUUGGACCUGAUAAUCUCAUUAUCUAAAACAAUCAUUUAGACUUUAAAAUUUUAUGACAUUAAUCAACAGUUUUAUGAUCUCUAUUUUUAAUGCAACGUUUGGGUAUUUUUAGAAAUUGUCUGUGUAUUUUUCAUUAAAGCUUUAGUACCUAUAGAUAUGAAUUUCAAUUUUAAAGCCACAAAACUAGCGCUCCCGCACUUUAUUGCCGUAAAUAUUAUGUUUGGCUUAUUUCUUUCCUUCUGCAUUCAUAUUGCUAUUUGGUUACAUAUAUCAAAUGGAACAGACGCAUUUGCACACUUUUACUCAGUGCACAGUGGGUUCGGCUAUUGUUGUUUUUUUUUCUUCCCAUUUCCAUUGUGUGUUCGGUUUCAAGCAAUGGAAUAGGAAAUACACACCAAGUCAAGUUAAAAUGUGGUCAAAUUUAAAUUGCAAAAAUUUUGAUGCGUGCUCAAGUAGUAAUAACGUAAUUGGAAGUGAUUUUCGAUUGCAUGCUCGUUCAAGUCAAAUCAUAUAUAUGCCAACGGUGUGUUUUGUUGUCAGUUCGGUGUGUAAAGAAUUUUUUUUUUUCAUCAUUUGUUUUGAUUGCAAUGAAGUGAAAAAAAGUUGCAUUGUGGUAUAACAUGUGUGUGUGGUGAGUGCAUGUAUGUGGAAAAACUCUGAACUGUGUGCGUUUGUGUGUGUGUGUGUGUGUGUGUGUGUGUGCAUAGAAAAGUCUUGUGAUUUUUCCCGUUCGCCACAAUCGAAUCGAACGAGAAAAAAAAACAUGUAAACAAUGGGUUGCUUUUGUGCAUUCAUCUAGCAAUUAAAAAAUUAUCAUCAACAAAAUGCAAGAGAGAUAAAUUCCAUAAUUCGGUGAACAAAAUCGUAAUAAAUUUGUGUUGUUUUGAGUGAUGAACUCGGCAAUAAUAAAAGGGCAAGAUAUUUUUGCUGGUUAUAAUCAAACAAACAAUGGAACAAACAAGUCAGGCCCAUUCAUUUAGGGUUUGAUGGGCAAACAAUAAUACUAUUAAUUAAUUACGAUUCCUCUAUUGAAGGCAAAAAUAACGACAACAUAAUAUUCAAUUAAUCUUGACAAAUUUGCAUUGUGUGAUUUUAAAGUGAAAACCCAUUCGCUCUGCGGCGUGGCUUUUGUAUGAUAAGUCAUUUUUUAUAUUGAUAACAAAUGGAAUAGAUGCGAUGGGUGUAAAUAAACGGGCAACAAAUACGAAUGAAAUUCAUGUUGAAUUCAUUUCAACUGACGUUUUGCCGUCGUGUGUUGAAUACACCUCACCAUGGUGAGUUUUGUGUCAGUGAACACAACGAGACAUGGCUCGAUAGUUUCAACGGUGUCAGCUGUCUCUGUUCGCAACCAAAUAGAAUCGGAGCGUUGACAAGUAGAAUGAGACAAACGUAGUCGUGUUGAAAUGGUCGAUGUUGCACAAACAUAAAUGCGUAUGUAUUCACCACCGUAGCACGUAGUGUGCGUGUGUAUGUGGAAUCAUAGCAAACGUCAAUCGUUCAUCGCAAGAAAGAUAUAUAUUUUCAUUUCUAGUUGUUAGUCAGAUUCACACAGCAACACAGAAGCUGUAUCCGUUCAUAAACAUAUAAACAAUUAAUUCUGAAUCAUCCCAGUAGUUUUCAUGGGGAUUUUUCUUUUAUUUGUGGUAAUAAAUUGAGUUCGAUUUUUUUCAUUUCGAAAUUUCAAAAACGUGGACGACGAAAUAGUCCAAUUGUAACAAUUAAACAAACAACAAUAAAACAGAGAAAGUGUAUCGCCUACGAAUUCUGUAAUUGACAGAACAGCGAAAGAGAGAAAUUUAUUAUAGCGAUAAAUAAUGGCAGCAGAAAUUAAACCAGCUCCGCGCAAUGCAAACGAUCGCUUUAGCACCGUAAACAAACCGGAAUUGUUGAGCAAAUUGGAAGGCACAGCGGACGACAUAAAUGCAGCGAUUUUCAUAAAUGGUGAAGAUGGUGUUAUCAGUGUUUCAGAUGACAAAACGAUUCGUGUUUGGUUACGACGUGAUUCGGGUCAAUAUUGGCCGAGUAUAUGUCAGUAUAUGCCAUCGGGUUGUACAUCGGUUGAUUAUCACUCGUUGACGCGGCAACUGUUCAUUGGACAAGACAAUGGCACCGUAUCACAGUACAAAUUAUCGAAUGAUUGCAAUAGUUUGACAAUGAUUCGAGACUAUUUGGCACAUCAGGCUCGUGUGACUGGAUCUUGCUUUGCCCCAAAAACCGGAUGGAUUCUCUCCUGUGGCAGAGAUAAACUAUUCUCGUUUCACAGCACCGAUACAGCGAGCCGUCUUGGUGGCUAUACAUUCGAAUCGAUGUGCUCGGCACUUCAAUAUGAUUCACAGGCGCAGUACGUAUUUAUCGGUGACUCAGGUGGGCAAAUAACAAUGUUGCGUUUGGAUACCGGCGGUGCUCAAUUUGUGACCACAUUCAAGGGUCAUACCGGUUCGAUUCGCUCGCUGAGCUGGGUUGCUGGCCCACAGCUUCUGUUCAGCGGAUCAUGUGAUCAAUCGGUUAUUGUUUGGGAUGUUGGCGGCAGACGCGGAACAGUUUAUGAAUUACAAGGUCAUAACAACAAAGUGGCUGCGUUGAAAUUCGCCAACACAACGCAACAGUUGAUUUCAGCGGGUGAAGAUUCGGUGCUCGUUUUCUGGGAGAUGAAUGCAAUGCGAAAAGAAGUGUGCGAAUGGGUUGAAUCGGACACAUGUCAAGCGUGUACUCGGCCAUUUUUCUGGAAUCUUCGUGCCAUGAUGGAUCAACGACAAAUCGGUAUCAGACAACAUCAUUGCAGAAAUUGCGGUCGCGCUAUAUGCGAUAAAUGCUCAAGCAAUCGCAUUAAUAUACCGAUAAUGGGCUUUGAGUUUGAUGUUCGAGUAUGCGAUCCAUGCUACAAUCAGCUGAAAACAUGCGAGCGACCUUCGUUGGCCUCAUUUCACGAUGUUAAACACAGCGUGGUAUCGAUGGACUUAGACGAAAGUCGUAAACGUUUGCUAACCGUUGGCCAAGACAGAGUAAUCAAAAUCUGGGACCUAGCUGCAGUUUGGCCUUAGUUUAUUGUCGUCAUCAAUUUACUAUAAAAUGUGCUCUCCAAAUUGCUUUUGCCUCGACGUGUCCCUCUCACAUCGGAAUUGAACAUUUCCCCCAAAAUACUGUAACAACAAAAUCAAGCUAAACCAAAAUUUAACAUCAGACAUCGAAAUUAGCAAUGUGGAAUUUUGUGUCGUGCACGUAAUUUGAUAUUUAUACGCAUCUCAAACAAAAAAAAAAAGAAUGUUCAUUGCAGCGAUACUUAAUUGUAAACACCAUUAAAAUAAAUUCGAAGGAAAAAUGAAAGCGUUAUCAUACAGUUGCUGACUGAAUGUACCUAUCACACUGAAAAUGUUCUGGAAAAAUCCUCACUAAAAUAGUUGUUUUUUUGAUUUUAUAAGAAAAAACAUCUUGUGUACAGAGAUAAAUGUAUCCCCUCGCGUCCCUCUUGUGUAUUUGUGUAAAGAAAAUCCUUUGUUUGGCUAACUGCAUUCCUACGAAUUAAAAAUUCUGGAGAAAAAAAUUCGCGUCAAAAAAAAACACGACUUUAAUCAGUCGAAAAUGUGUAAAAAAAAAAAAAUGAAUUCACAACAAAACUAGAUAGUUGCUAAGAAAUUUAUCUAAUAUAUAUAUAUUGAAUAUUAUGAAAUAUUAUUGUAACAUUGAUGCAAUCAAAAAAAGAAAUUAAUUGAAUAUUUCCCACAUUUUUGGAGAAAUAUUUUCAUUUAUACUGGAAACGCUCUCGAUACGUGCAACAACAAAAAUCAAUACACACUCAACAAGUGAAUAUUUAGCUUAUAAGUGAAUUGAAAGCAUAGCGAAUGUUUGAUCUUUAUAUUUUCAAUGGAAUACGGAGCAUUUUAUUUUCCUUCGCCCGAUAUUCAUUGUCAACUGCUAUCGUUCCUUAUCUAAAAAAAAAAAUGUAUAUUCGAACUGGUCGUUUACAAAAUUUACUUUUCAGUUAUUUAUAUAUAUAUAUAUACAAACAGUGAUGUUUGAUAGAAAAAGAGUGUGAGCGUCUUAUGAUUUGUGAAGAUUCGCAGUGAACAGCUAUGCAUAUAUAUUUCAGCGAUGUGUACACUUAUACAGUAAGCGAGAGCGAUAAGUCACAACAAAAUGGAAUAAAUACAAAAAGAAUAUGUAUAUGAAAAUAAA